AUGGGAGCAGACUCAUUAACGAAGACGAUCCUGUGCGCAAAGACGCCCGAACUGAUCGAGACGGCAAUCGCCGACCGCAAGCCAGAGCAGUCACAGACCGACCCGCACAGUUUUCCCUCGACCAGCGAGAGCGAUGUUGCGCUUUCUGAGUCGACCCUCUCGGGCGCCCAGUUCGAGAAGGUCCUCCAGACGUGCAACACGGUGGCGCACGAGGCCGAAGCAGACCGGAAGCUGAAGGAGAUCGGCUCGGCCACGCCGAUCCUGCCGUCCGAGAUCGGCACAGACUUCAACUUCAAGCGGGAGAUCGUGUGGAAGAACGUGAUCGGAUUCCUGCUGCUGCACCUCUGCGGCUGGGUCGGGCUGCAUCUGGCUUUCUGGCGGUACUGUGAUUAUCGUACAACGCUUUACACUAUGUGGCUGAUGUACGCCUCCGGACAGGGUGUCACGAUGGGUGCACACCGACUCUGGUCUCACCGGGCGUUCAAGGCGACGCUCUGGCUGAGGAUCAUCCUGCUGUGGAUGCAUACACUGGCCGGACAGAACUGCCUGUACGUGUGGGUUCGCGACCACCGACAGCACCACAAGUUCUCGGACACGGACGCCGACCCGCACAACGCCAACCGUGGCUUCUUCUUUUCGCACAUCGGCUGGCUGCUGUCCCGUAAGCAUCCGAAGGUGAUCGAGUACGGCAAGAAGAUCGAUAUGUCCGAUCUGGAAGCGGACCCGCUGAUUAUGUUCCAAAAGGAUCAUUAUAAACUUUUGUACACCAUUUUCGCGUUGUUCGGCCCUACCGCCAUCCCGGUGUAUUUCUGGGGCGAGAACCCACUGUACGCGCUAUUCGUGGCUUUCUUCUUCCGCACGGUCCUCAGCCUAAACGCGACCUGGUCGGUCAACAGUGCCGCACACAUGUUCGGUACCCGUCCGUACGACAAAACCAUGUGGCCAGUGGAGAAUAUGUUCGUGUCUUUCGUAGCCGUUGGCGAGGGCUGGCACAACUACCAUCAUGCCUUCCCGUGGGAUUACCGUGCAUCGGAGUACGGCACGCCACUAAAUCUGACCGGAACGCUCAUCGACCUGCUGGCCAAGUUUGGGGCAGUGUAUGAUCGCAAGACCGCAACGACGAAUAUGGUGAAAAAUCGCGUCAUGCGUACCGGCGACAAGUCCCAUCACACGUACGGCACCGACGAAGGCCGCAAGGCGUUCACCACCCUGUGGAACAUCUGGAAGCACCCGUCCAACCCGAGCUACAACUCGAUCCACACGCCAAAGCCGAAGAUCCUGCAGUCGGAUGGCUACGCGCUCAUUCCGGACGAGCUGAAGCAGGCCGAGCGGGACGAGGAGCUGCUGUCGAAGGAGAACGAGGAGUUGAUGCGCCGCCAGAGGGAGGAGGAGAGCCGCACGACAGAAGCGAACCAAAUCUACUCCAAGCUGUCGAAGUACAUCAAGGAGCAGCAGCAGACGGUGCCGGCCUCGGUUGACGACUUGUUGCUGCAGUCGAAUAACAACAGCGAUAAGACUGCACUGCUGCAGGGCAAGGCGGCCCUCAAUGUCGUCGACUGCAACGACAAUGCGCUCGUGAAGCGGAAACCGGUCAGUCAGAACUAG